AUGGAUGGUGGGAGAAGAAAGUCCCAACGGAUCCAGAAGAAUGGUUGCAAAAAUCUGGUGACCUUCCCCGUGAAUUGCCCAAAUCCUAGUUGUACCCAUAUUUGCAUAAGCAAGAGUUCAUUGCAGCGUCAUGCCAAUGCCAACCCAGAGUGCUGUAGGUUGGUGUCAACCAACCAAUGGAACAUUCUGAUGUCGGGUAACACUGCGGAAGGUGUGUCUGUCUGUGAAACAGCAUUAGAAGGACAGGUUCCGGUCCAACCAAGGGACGAUUGCACGGGCCUUGCUGAAGCAAACCCUGAUGAUGAUCAGGAAAGCCUAGAUGAGAAUAUCAACUUCGACACGAAUGACAUCAUGGAUGACACGGCGAUUGUGGAUCAUCUUUCCUUCGACCCACCUCCUACCUUUGGCCCUGCGUAUCUGCAGAAUAUGUUUGGGAAAGAGGGUAGCCAGAGUUACAAUCAGGAUUCAUACAAACUCAUGUCGGCAGAGAGAAGAAGUGAUCUUGAUCUUGAUCUGUUGGAGAUUAUGAAGGAUCUCCCCGCUGUAGGGUACAAGAGAGUUCGUGAUUGGCGUUACAAGUCUGAGCACGUUUACAAGCACACUAUGGAUCACGAUAGCUACACCAAGAAGGAGAGGACCGCUGUGGUUCAAGAAAUAGAGGCAGACUACAACAUGGAUAAGUGCCACCCUAUCACAAAGACUGUUAAGCUGCCCCACCUUGGAAUUAACGUGAACCUCACAGUUAACUCAUUUGCCGAGCAACUCAUGCGACUCCUGAGCGACCCUGCCAUGAUGGACGAAUCUAAAUUGUUGAUUGACCCAAAGGAUCCUUUCAAGAAAUCAAUACUGGGAGGAGAUGACGGGUGUCUGGGAGAGAUCAAUACAGGAUCGGUAUUCGUUGAUGCUCACAAAAGGCUCUGCACAGAGAAAAACGAUAUCCUUGCCUCAAUUAUUUUUGGUAUGGACAAGGGGGGAAAGCUUACAUUGGAGCCUUUGAUGUGGACUUCUAGUUUGUUCACCAGGCUCCCCCGGAUACCUGAUCCGUACCCUCAAAGAGGACCACUUCUCCAACAUUUCCAAGUACAUCUCCCUCAUGCUGACAUUCGAGGCUUACGUGAAGAUGACAAGUAUUCUAUUGACAGCAAUUGUGUAUACCACGAAGAUGGUGAAGGUAGCGGCACUCAGAACAGAGUCCACAGCUUCAGUACCCAAGUUGGAAUGCAGGCACACUACAAUAGUGUUGUCGACCGUGCAAGCAAGGAUCUUCAUUCCUGCCGAGAGAAUGUCGAUACACAGUUGCAGGACGGUAUCAGUCCAGCUUGGAUAACUGUCACCGCGGAUGCCGUCUACAAAAGUUCUCCAUCAAGCAAAAAGGGGAAGAAUAUCGAAGCCAAGAUCCCAGAUUUCCUGGAGGGCAGUAUAACCAAGACUGAUAUGCUCAACCUGAUUCGUGAGAAACUUCUUCCCUGCAUCGAAAGUGAUUCCAUUUCAGUUCAUGUGACGUUUGUGAAGAACGAACUGUUGCCCGGUGUUACCAUUCCAUUCGAUGCUGGAACAUCUGUGGCAGGCAAGGGGUACUAUUGUAUCACACACACAGUUGAGAAACCCCUGUCGGAAACUGGAGAUGGCUGUGACUACAAAUGGGGUUACGGCACACUUGCAGAACAGAACCAGCGCCUGAUCCAUGUAUCAAGGAAGCGGCUGAAUCCAGACGGGAAACUCUCUGUCUGUGCAUACUCGAUUGAUCUGGUUAGUCGUCCUUUGGCUGGUGUGAAGAAUCCCAACCCGGAGCACACUGAGAAAACCAACCAAGAAUUCUAUUACUUUAUUGUUGGCCAGCACAAGUGGGGUGACCUCUUCAUUGACACCUCUCGAAAGGAUGAGAAACCGUCCAAAGCAGAAAGGGAGGAUUGGAACAGCUUCCUUGCUGGGUACGGAUGCGAUGGCGAAGAAGUUGAGGAAGGAGAGACUACACAAGAAGAAGACAGCACACGGGAACACACGUUGGAAGAUGACUCAGAUGAUGGCACGGACAAUGACGAAGAAAACAACACGGAAGGGAAUGGAUCAGACAAUAGUCCAGGGUCGAGCCACGGGUCCACAUCCCAAGCCAGCCAAUCCUUGAAGACUCCAGCGUCUCACUCUGCUGGUUCUUUCCAAUCCAGUAGAGGCUCCUCGGGCGCUCACUCCAGGUCAUCCGCAAAUGCCUCUCCGGUUGUUGCGACCAAUUUUCGGAUUUCCGGGCCAAUCAUACUGCAGAGCAGUGGCAGCGAGUCCUCUUCAGAUGAAGAGAGGUCUGUCUGA